AUGCCUCACUUUAGCUUCUUAGGAGAGACCUCGACUUCGGCCGACACUAUCAUUCAGAUGUUAAAUGAAGAUAGCCAGACUCUGCAAGACGAAAUGACAAAGAACUGGCGUGACCAUAAGCUGCAGGAACUGAACUUUGUCGGAACGCUUGGCGCUCUUCUCGCAAGUUGUCUUAGCACAACAGGUUCCUGGCCAGAUGUCCUCCCCAACGGCCGCAACAAGCCCUGGUCAGUGCGAACGAUGUGGUUCAGCGGCCUCGUGUUUGCCCUCUUUUCGGUAGUGAUUGCAGGCGUUCAGAGCAUGAGACUACACCGCCUGUCUGCUCAUCCCGACGGCCUCAGCUUGAUCCGAAACAGCCUUGGUCGAAAACGGAAAUCUGGCAAUGGUUCUCGGCCUAGCUGGCUGCAGGUAUACGCAUGGGAAUUCAGCCUUGCGUUUUUGGUCUUGGCCAUAUUUUGCAUGGUGAUCGGCUUAACCAUUCUGCUAUGGGCUGGCACUGAGUUCGGGCCUUCAAAGUCUAGAGAGGAUGGCUGGUGGGAUGGCAACUCCAAGGUAGAUGAUGCUCUCUCUGUCAUUAUAUUUUACUAA